AUGAAGGAGAUCGGUGUUGCUCGGCUCCCAGGAUGGGGACCGCGUGAUCCUCACUGUGCCUGGUUGGAGACACUACAAGAUAUGGCUGCCAACCGAUAUGUUCUGUACCUCCAUCCUACACCACCCAUCCGAACCCCUCCACACAAACGCGACGUGGCAAUACCACCCUUUGAAGUGAAGUAUCAGGAUCAUUUGCCUGCUUCAUUUCGGACGCAAGUCCGUCAGAGACUUGGAAUCGGCUCUGUUGUACAACUUACACCUAGGAAUGCCCUAUCCUGCACUGAUGAAUGCCCGUCGUUGGUGGAUUCUCUCGCGCGUCGUGAACUUGGAGAAGCAGUUAACAUUCUUUGUGUUCGGGCGUCGAAGGUGGCAUCAAAACUGCCUCUUUUACAAUCGCUCAAGUCUGAUAUACCGUAUGCCAUCACCGCAGACUUAUUUGCAGGACCUCUCGAAGAUGUGUCUACGUCAACUCAGGUUUACACCGGUGGACAGUCGUUAAUCUGGGCCAUUGAAAUUCUGGCUUGCCUUACCUUAGCCUCAUACACUGAAGAUACUUACGGCUCAGUGCAGCGAUCGUUGGGACGCAUUUUGUCGCUGUUUGCUGACGGCCUUGAAGUUGUGGAGCGACACUUGCGUCUCGUCGGUUUACUGACCAAAGAUGUGGGAUCAAAUGUCUACCCGAUGCCAGAGGAUGAGCUUUCAAAUAGCCCUGGAUUAUCGGGUGAACUUCCCGCCUCAGACUCACCGGUUUCUGCGCGAUUGACCCCCUACAUGAACCCAGUUGCUGCGUGCAAGGCGGAAGAUAUCUGUAACCUGUCAUAUUACCGCCUCGCGUCUGAUCCAACUUUGCCGUGGCGGGUCUAUGCUACCUUAACAUGGGCUGCUACCAACUGUCUUCGACAGUUCGGAGACCAUCUAGAUUCCAUCCAAAUGAGCCAGAAAGCGCGACAGCGACUGCGUUUAGCUGCGGCCACGCGUCUGGCAUCAGGUCAGCUCAACGGGUCAAUCCAAACGCACUACUAAAUGUCUCCAAAUAGAUGUUCGAGCAUUUUAUAUAUAUUCAUAUUUAUAUACAGUCGUACAUUGAAAGAGUUAAUGUUCUUGUCUAUCACAUGUGGCGGUCUGAUAUCACAGUUAGGCAAUGUCUUCUUGUGAGGGCGGUCGUUGAUGAGCGUUCUUUUUAACCUUGUCGAGCAUCCACCGUAUCCCAUCCGAUACUCCAUCUCUGAAAAUAAGAUUGGAAAUAUCAAGCUGUGAGAGGGAAGCCAACUAGAUGGCUGUGUCUGAAAAACAAAGUCUCCGAAACUAUUGUAAAGUGACCCCGAAACGUAAUUAACACACUCG